GCCCACUCCCACUCACGAAAAAACAAAACCCACUGGCUCUAUUUUCAACUUCUCCACUGCGAUCACUUAGGGUUAAUUGUGUUCGUUUCUUCUCCGUGCCACCGCACCACCUCGCCGACUUAGGGUUAUUUCUGUUGUUUCUUCUCCGUGCUACCGCACCACCACGCCGACGGUGACAGAUAUAUUUUUUUCAACUUGAGAAGAGCAUCCAUGGAGAAUGGUGACAUCCCUGAGAAUGCUAAUGAGCAUUGCCCAGGUCCUCAGUCUGAAUCUGCUGGAAAAUCUGAUGCAUGCGAAGGAUGCCCAAAUCAGCAAAUUUGUGCCACUGCCCCCAAAGGACCUGACCCUGAUCUUGUUGCCAUUGCAGAAAGAAUGGCUACCGUAAAACAUAAGAUAUUGGUCUUAUCAGGAAAAGGAGGAGUUGGCAAGAGCACAUUUUCUGCCCAGCUGGCAUUUGCUUUAGCAGCAAGGGAUUUUCAGGUGGGUCUUCUUGACGUUGAUAUUUGUGGUCCAAGCAUUCCAAAGAUGCUUGGCCUAGAAGGUCAAGAGAUACACCAGAGCAACCUUGGUUGGUCUCCUGUCUAUGUGGAAUCCAACCUUGGGGUGAUGUCAAUUGGGUUCAUGCUUCCCCAUCCUGAUGAAGCUGUUAUAUGGAGAGGCCCGCGCAAAAAUGGGCUUAUCAAGCAGUUUUUAAAAGAUGUCUACUGGGGUGAACUUGAUUUUCUGAUUGUUGAUGCACCACCAGGAACCUCAGAUGAACAUAUUUCCAUUGUUCAAUGCCUUGAUGCUACUGGAGUAGAUGGUGCAAUCAUUGUUACUACUCCUCAACAAGUUUCUCUUAUUGAUGUGAGAAAAGAAGUGAACUUUUGCAAGAAAGUUGGCGUGAAAGUUCUUGGGGUUGUAGAGAAUAUGAGUGGCCUGUGCCAGCCCAUCACAGAUUUCAAGUUUAUGAAAUUGACUGAUAAUGGUGAGCAGAAAGAUGUAACUCAGUGGGUUUGGGAAUACAUGAGAGAAAAAGCGCCAGAAAUGCUGAAUUUGCUUGCUUGCAGUGAAGUAUUUGAUAGUAGUGGUGGUGGAGCAGUGAAAAUGUGCAAUGAUAUGGGGAUACCCUUUCUUGGUAAAGUUCCUUUAGAUCCGCAGCUUUGUAAGGCAGCUGAAGAAGGCACAUCCUGCUUUGCUAAUAAGGAUUGCGUUGUUAGUGCUCCGGCAUUAAAGAAGAUUAUAGAACAGAUGAUUGAAAUUAAUGGGUGGUCAAUGUUAGUGAGUAAUGGAGCGUAGGAGAUAUGCUUUAUGCUUUUAUAUAUGAACUCUGCACAGAAAAUUUGUUUAUUACUUUCUGGAACGUAAGAACUAAUAUGAUGUGGGCUCCAGGUUUUCUGGGCCGCUAUGUAUACGUACAAUGCAUGACGAUGUAGUUGCAGAUAAAUUUACAGAAAAAUAAGUAAGAUUUUAUUGACAUUUUAAGCUA